AUGCCUCCCCCUAGCGCCCUCCGACACGAUAUAGUUCAGGCUAUACGCGAAAAGUUUGCCAAAGAGCAAUUGAACCCGCCUGUCCCACGCAGUUUUGGAGAUAUCCCGGUCUCCUACGAUGCCAUUACAACGCAAUGGCUGACUGCCACCCUGAAUCGGGAUUCCACCGGAACUGUCGUCAAGCACUAUACGCUCGGCCCCGAAGAUAAUGGGACCGCCAAUCGUCGUCGAAUUAACCUGGAGUGGGACGGCCCCAGCGCGGCAAACUUCCCAACCUCAGUGUUCUGCAAGGCCACCCAUGCGGUAGAGAAUCGCAUUGUGCUGAGUAGCGGAGGUACCCACAGCGAAAUCUCAUUCUACAACGAUAUCCGACCUCGUGUUGAAAUUGAAGCUCCAUCCGCGUACUUUGCCGCAUAUGACCCCCAGUCUUGGGCUUCUAUGGUCAUGCUGAAGGAUAUUGGUGACACCGCUACCUUUUGUACUCACAAAACAGUCUUAAGCAAGGCUCAGUUUGCCGAACAGAUCCAGAUCCUCGCUAGGUUGCAUCGCAAAUUCUACGAUUCUAAGAUGCCCUUCUUCAAGAACCUGGUGGGAUACAAGGACCGGUUUAAUAACCUCAGUUCAUUUCUCGAUCUUGAAACGGUCUGCACCAAUGGGUUUAAAGCUGCGGAAGAGGUUAUACCAUCCAGACUGUUUGCACGGGAGGCGGAAAUUUGGCCUGCGACGGUAAAGUCCGUACAUCGCAAUGGCUCUCUGCCGCCAACAGUGGUUCAUGGCGAUGUCCACCUCGGAAAUUGGUACAUCACAGCAGAAGGCCGCAUGGGCUUGACUGACUGGCAGGCCCUAUCAAGGGGACAUUGGUCUCGCGAUCUUGCUUACGUCCUAGGCACGGCUGUCCCUUCCGACAAGCGCCGGCUUUGGGAGAAUGAAAUGGUCGAGCUUUAUGUUUCGGAACUGGAGAAAGAAGGCGGGCCCAAGGUCGAUCCGAAAGAGGCCUGGUUGGAACUUCGAAGGCAAUCAUUUGGCGCAUUGUGGUACUGGACAAUGACUCUUACACCAUCCACAUCCAUGCCCGACAUGCAGAGCGAGGAAACGACUUUGGACUUUAUUGGCCGCAUCGCUGCACUCAUAGACGACCACGAUGCACUCGAUGCUUUCGAAGAUUAA